UUGAUUUGAUGGUGAUAUUUUUAUACAAAUAGUAUUUUUUCAACUAUAAUUUUAACAAUUAUUUCAGUGGCUUAAUCCCAGCGGAAUAGAACAGCAGAAUGAUGCGUAUCCUCCUCCUGGUCGUUUUGUGCACCGGAACUUCUAGCUCCUACAGCGACUCACAAGUUUUCGUCACCCCUAAUCCUCUGGAGAACACCAUACCUAGCUCCGUUGAACACCCUGGAGUCCAGGAACCCGACGACUUCCACUUCCCUGUGGACGAGAUCCUGGGUGACUGUCUGUUGCGGUUGUCUUGGCCCUGCGCUCAGAAGAAGGUUCUCGUCUACGUCGAUAAGCUCAACCGCCAGAGCAAUGUCAGUGUUGUGGGCGAGCUCGUCACGUUUGUCAAGGUGCGGGAUGAAUUCUCUCCUCCUGUGACAGAGGAGUUGUUGUCCGCGCGCAAGAUCGAGGACCAGGACACACUGACAGAUCUGCUAGACCUACUGCUGGACAAGUUCCUGUCGUCUCAUGUGGUGCGACUAACCUUCCCCGCCCCAACACGCAAGACUGAGCCACGCAGCUUCGACGUCGAGUUCUCCAUACCCUCGAAGGAAUUGGUGGUCGAGGGGCGAGGUAAGAAAGGCGGAGGUGGCGGAAAGAUGAUGAAGAUGAUGAUGAAAGGCAUGAUGAUGGUUGCUAUGGGGAAGAUGGCGUUGAUGGUGCCGAUGGGCAUCAUGAAGGCUAUGAUGGGAGGACUGGCGGGUAUGAUGUCACUAGCACUGUCCAAGAUGAUGAUGAUGUCGAAGAUGAUGAAGGGAGGUUGCGGUGGUGGAGGAAGUUGUGGAGGUUUGCCUCCUCCACCACCCCCGCCACCACGACCGCCCCCACCUCCACCACCACCUCCUCCUCCACCGAUGACAGCUUACGGUGUACCCGGAUCAGGACCUCCUCCGGCGCCAACAUCGUACAGACCUCCACCCCUAGACUCCUAUGGGGCACCCACAACGGCGACGCCGAUGUUGAAUACUGAGUACGGAGUGCCUGACGGAGCCAUGAUGGGCAGUGGGUUCUCUGGUGGAGGUGGAGCUAUUGGAGGAGCUAUAGGAGGAGCAGCUGGAAGUAGUGCUAGCGGAUACUCCACUACAGGUGGAGGCGGCAGCAGCAGUGGCGCCGGUGGAUACUCUACCACAGGUGGAUGGGGUCGCAGAUACGCUUCUCCCUUAUACUACAACGACCUCUACUACUCAUCAUACAACCCGGAAUUGGUGGCUCAGUACAGGGACGACCUUAGAGAGGAAGAACGUUAGUUUAUAAUAUUCGUUAUUAUUACUUCAAGUGACCAAUACUUCCUACAUCAUAUAGUACAAUAGCAAACACCUUUACCACAUCAUUUACACAUUUUAGCUCCUAAUAGCUUUAAUAACCUAUAAAACGAUCAUAGCUCUCUUUUGAUACUAAUAAGAAUCCUAUUUACAAUUAGCUAAGAAUUAUUCCUGUUUGCUUAUCACAAGACUGCCUAUUAUUUCUUAAUAAAUAAAUGUUUGUCCUGCAUUAGUAAUUUAAU